UGCGGUAUCGUUGAUUAGUUUUAAUGGCGGACGCGCAAUUUUUUUUUUCGUUGUGAAAAUUUAAUUUAAAUUUCACUUCUUUUAUCGUGAAUUGUGUAAUUAUUUGUGUUUUAUGUAUUAUUCUGCAUCAUUUCUGUGAAUUGGAACAAUGUCUGGAAUCGGUGUCAAUCUACGCGUGACAGGUCAUUGUAGCCAAGGUGGACGUAAAUAUAUGGAAGAUACUUUCUCCGUCGCUUAUCAACAAACUGAAGAUUUGAAAGAUUUAGAAUACGCUUAUUUCGGUAUAUUCGACGGUCACGGAGGUCCGGAAGCUGCUCUAUAUGCCAAAGAUCAUCUAAUAGAUUCGAUUGUAUCGCAAAGUUGCUUCUGGUCGACUAACGACGAUGAUGUUUUACGAGCUAUACGUGACGGUUAUAUUCAAACUCAUUAUACGAUGUGGAAACAUCAUGAAAGUUGGCCACGAACAGCCUCUGGGUUACCGAGCACGUCGGGUACGACGGCGACCGUUGCUUUCAUCAAAAGAGGCAAAAUUUACGUCGGCCAUGUCGGAGAUUCUUGUAUAGUUCUCGGAUAUCAAGAAAAAGGAGAAAAAGCUUGGAAAGCUAAACCACUGACGAUUGAUCAUAAACCAGAAACACGUUUGGAAAUAGACAGAAUUAUGGAAUGUGGUGGAAAAGUUGUCACGAAAUCAGGUGUGCCUCGAGUGGUUUGGAAUAGACCUAGGUUAGGUCAUAAAGGUCCAGUUCGAAGGUCUACGCAUAUCGACGAGAUACCUUUCUUAGCUGUAGCACGAGCAUUAGGUGACUUUUGGAGUUAUAAUUCAACGUCGAAUAAGUUCGUCGUGUCUCCGGAACCCGAUGUGAAUGUGUAUCCUGUCGAUGUGGAAUCAUUUAGGUGUUUAAUUUUGGGCACCGAUGGUCUGUGGAAUAUGUUAUCUCCGGCUGUUGCUGUUGCCAUUGUACAAGCUACAGAGAAUCAUAACAAGAAACAAGAUAUUUAUCCGUCGGAUCAAUUCGUUAUGCAAUAUAAUAAAGAGUGGCUUAAUCCGUCUAAGAUGCUGGUUGACAAAGCGGUCAAAAGAUGGGCAAUGGCUAAGCAAAGAGCUGAUAACACGAGUGUCGUUACGUUGAUGUUAGAUCCUCCUGGGCCUCCUAAAACUCAAUUACUGGUGAAUCAGAAACAUACUUUGAUGAUCAAAGAAGACGAACUCCAAACCAGCAUAUUCUCCGACCAUAAUGCCUACAGACAAGAUACAUCUUAUUGUUCGAGAUUACACUCAUCUACACCCAAUUUGAAUCCUUCUUCUGGAGUAGCUAUUUUUACGAGGUAUCCUACGAUGGAUAUUAACCAAGAAUCCGGACUCUACUCGCCUGCAACGUAUCAUAAUUCGUCGAACGGUCUGAGGAACGCGGAAUCAUCGCUCAAUUCUAAUUUAACGGUUUUAAUCGACAGAAGCGAUAAUUUCAAGAUAGAUGUAGGAUCCGAACACAGCGUUCUUUCGCAUUCGAGGAAUGAAAUCAAUGAUUCUGUUCAAGUAAAUGAUACUUCGAGUUCGUUUCAAGAUAGCUUAGAUGUUACGAUUGUGAACACAACGCCGCAGACGUCGAGUUCUCCGAAUUCGUGCGAUAAACGAAAACACAUCGGGACGAAUUUGAUCACGGAUUCGUACAAUUUUCGAUUAAAGCAAAAAUUAAGGUUACCAGAAAAAGAAGAAGAAAGAAUGAGCGACGUGGAAAAUAUCGAACAAUUUUCACAAAGGUGGAAAGAUACACCUUCGUCUAGUUCGCAGUCGAGUUUAAGGAAGAGUAAAUCGAAACGUCGAAAGUACAGUUUCGAACAACAGAACAAAGAUAUCCACUGGAGAUGUUUAAGUGCCCCUGUAUCGUUAGUUUCAUCAGAUAAACAUCUAAAUUCGAAAUCGACCAAGCCUCAAGAAACCACCACCCGAAUCCUACGCUCAGAUACUCUAGCCAAUACACCGGUGAGAACGCUGCGUUCGCGAAAUAUAGAUUUAACCACAGUAAUCAACAAACCAAAGACCGAAGACCCGAAAGCCACCAAGAUUCUUUCCAAAUCUUGCUUGCAACGUUCAAUUAGUCCUAAAUCGAAAUGCGUUCGUUCGUCUUCAUACUCGUGCCCUUCGAACAAAAAAUUAACCAGAAUGUCGUCUUUCUCAGCGUCGUCAUCAAUUACAACGCGUCGAAGCGCCUCUAAACGAAUUAUAAAGUGAUUUUAUCGUGUUGAUUGUUUCUUUUUAUAAAUGUACGUGUGUGUGUGUGUUCGUUAUUUUGUAUUAUCAAUGUGUUGUGUGAUCGGCAUUUUACACAUUUUUAGUUUUGUAUUGAUCAUUGUGUUUUUUCCUGUAUGUUUUUUGUGUACUGUGUAUCAUGCCGCGGACAGUUUGAAUUGUUGAUUAUCCCCCUCCCCCUCUCUCCCCAUUGUUAGCUUAGUUUUUAUUCGUUUUAUCGAAUAGGUAAAUAUGAGAAGAGAAUACUUCGUUUAUUUUUCAUAAUAACGAUGAAGUUUAAAAUUUUAUUUUUUGUGAUAUUUUAUUAACGUAUCAAAAAUGAAUUUUGAAAUUGUCGAAUGUCGACGUCGUCGACGUUGACAAAUGCGGUAGUAUGGAUUAAUUGCUGUGAUCUAUUUUAUUAUUUAUUACGACUAAAAAUGUAUUGCGGCGCAAUAAUUCUCGUAAUCGUGUUUAAAUAAUUUUACAAUUUUGAAAAAGAAUUUGCAAUUCCACAUUAGCAGCUCAGUUAUGUCUAUCGCAUUUUUUUUACACUACUUAUAUAAGCACUCUGAGAGGUUUUUAUUUUAAAUUUUAUUUUCAUAGUUUAACGCUACUAUUAAGGAUAGAUGAUUUUUUUUGUUAAUUUGGUCGAAUCCAGAGCUUAUAAUUUAUAUUUUUUCAUUGACGGUAUUUCUGUGAAAUUUCUAACUCAAUGAGGUUUUUAUUUUCUUUCAAUUUGAAACGACUCGGUUAAAAAUAUAAUUUUUUCGAAUCAUUACUCGGUGAUCUAAAUAUUUACGAAUUUAAUUUGUACUAUUAGUGUAUAUUUUUUUAGCUAAAAUAUUGUCGCUUAUUGCUUCUAAAACACAGACGAGUUUAUCGAAUUGUUGAUAUUUUCACACGAAUGUUGCAAUUGUAUUUUGUAAAUUGUAAUUAGUGUAUAAAAUGAUGAAUUGUUUCAUUUUAUUUUUUAUCGUAUUUAUUUAUUUUUAUUGUGUACAAAUUUUGGUGAAAAUAUUUCCAUGCAUCGUGGUUUUAUUUUGUUUUAUCGUAGAUUAUGAAGAGUAAUUAAAUUCUUCGUAAUUA